UCGGAGAAGAGACCCUGUAGUUAACGCAUGAAAACCUCGGCCCCCCGCACCUCGAGAGCGCACGUUUCGCGACAGUGUUGCCACGCCUCCACUUGGUAUCUCCCCUCCCGUGAGAGGCAAAGCCGGCUGGCUUAGGGGGGAUACAAGGCCCGCGGCAUUUCUAAGGAAGCCCACCUUGAACUCCCAUCCAGCCAAACCCUUAAGUCCUAAGGCCGCGGACAGAGUCCAGCAAAACCCUGGCCGCGGCGGUCUCCUGCGACGGCUGAUGGUCUGCCCCCAAACCCCAGCUCUCGAGCUAGCUCCCGGCCCGACCCGGAGCUCGCGCGGAGGUGGGAGGGCUGUGACGUCACAACCAGGCUUCUCCGCCCCGAACAAGGACCCUGAUUGUGAUUGGAUAAUGCGGAUGAAGGCGGUGAUGGGGAAGAAGGGCGGGAACAAAUCCCAGAGACAAAGAAAGAAGGCCUUUGGGUGGGACACAAAGGGAGGGGCCCCGGCCCGAGGUCCCUCUAUAAAGCUUGAUUCCGGGGCCGCGGCUUUAGGGAGCAGAGCGGACGGAUACCCGGGCUUCGGCCCGAUGGUCCCCAGCCCGCUGCGGUGGGGGCGGGGCCUCGGGGCGGGGCCAAGUUGAACCGGGAGGCGGGGCGGGGCCGCUGACAGCGGUCCCCGGGUGGGGCCAUGGAGAGGCGGGAGGCUCCGGGGGCUGCUGGCGGCCUCUGCGGGGAAUCCCCGGGAGCGGCACCCAAGGGUGUGCCAGAAAGAGUCGGAGCGGAGGCGGCCGACGCCGGGCCGCCGUCCGGGGUGGUCCCGUCUCAGGGUUCUGGGCCCUCCCCGCACUCCGGGGAAAUCGUAACUUGCGCUUCUGGUUCUAGCCGGCCCACCGGGGGGGUAGCUGUCCUCGGUUCGGGGCCCCACUGGCCCCCGGGGGAGGUUGCGAGCCUCGGCGCCGGGUCCGGGGCACACCCUGACGGAUUACCUGCCCCCUUCCCUGAAGCCAGUGUGUGCGGGACCUGCAGCCCCGGGUCGGGGGGCUCUGGGGUGUACAGCUGGGAAUGCAGUCCAUCGCGCUCCGGGUCAACCUGCUUGAACCUCCACAAACCUUGUGAGGACUGGCCCCGCAGCAUCCUAAAGACCAGCACCACCAUCCUGAUGCAGAAAUCCCUUAGCGCUGACAAGAAAAAGGCCCAGCGGUGGGAUGAAAUGAACAUCCUGGCCACCUACCACCCCGCUGACAAGGAUUAUGGGUUUAUGAAGGUGGAUGAGCCCAGCACCCCCUACCACAGGCUGCAGGACAGCGAUGAGGACAUGCCUGGGGCGGUCUCUCACACAGUGACUCCCCAGGCGCUGGCUGAAAGGUUUGCAACAAUGGACAAUUUCUACCCCAAGGUCCUGCGGUACCGUAAUAAGAGAAGCUCAGAGUCUUCAGACAUCUUUUCCAAGACACACUCCAGUGAUUUUGACAAGCACCGAAAGUCGCACUAUGAUGAGGGAAAGUUCCUCAAGGCUCAGAAAAGCCUUCCCUUCAGUAAAAACAAGCCCUGCCAUGGGGCUCGCUCCAGUCUGGGCAGCGGUAGUCAGGUCAUGGAGCCCAGGCCUGUGGAGAGAGGCCGGAUGGGAGGACUGACCGGAGAAGUCCAAGAUGAGAUUUGUCUGGUGACCAGGAACCACGUCCCAGAAGUCAAGGGGGGGGCUCUUAUGGACACCUGUGGAUCCCUGGAUGCCCCAGGCAGCUGGAAGACUCAGUGUGAUUGGGAUGACUCCUCAGAUCCCCCUACCUUCAGAAACCCAUCCCUGCCUUCAGCCACCGUCAUGUGGGACCAGGACGUUGAUCAGCAGCGCAAGGAGUAUUAUAGCAAGGGAAGGUACCUCAGAUGCUCUCCCCACCCAGAGCUUGAGGAGGACACAGAAGACGAGCCCGAGCAGCGGGACAGUGAGAGCCGGCGGGGUCAGCCCGGGGCAGGGGGUGCCAACAACCAACAGACUUGAGGGGUGCCCCAACCUUGACCCCCUGAUCCUGCCAGGCUCUGCAGAUUUUAACUGGGUGAUUGAGAGUCCCACAGGCACUGAGAUCCGUCUACUGGAGCACACAGAAAGCCCCGUUCAGGAUCCCCGGGCCUCCGAGGAGUCCCUGGCA